UCAAGGUAGACGAACAAUGGGAGACGAUACCGCGGCGGCACGCCGAGUAAUGGUGGUGGCUGACGGCAGCCGCGAGGCCGCCGGAGCGCUACAAUACGCCCUCUCGCACGCGGUCGUGGACAACGACACCUUGAUCCUCCUCCACGUCGAGCACGCGGCCCCACCCCCCAAGACCGGCUUCGGCGGCUUGUUAAAGAAUCCAAUAUCCCCGGCUGCCCCCCGUCUCGGGGUGCCCACCUCUUCCGGUGAGGGAAGUGUCGGUGGUCGUAGUGGACGUGGAGGAGGAGGAGAGGUGGAUUUUCUCGAUGGGAUGAAGCGCGCGUGCGCGGCUGCUAAGCCGAUGGUGAAGGUGGCGGUGGAGAAGGCGGAGGUGGCGGAAGGAAAGGAGAAGGGCGCGGUCAUUGUUGCCCACAGCGCCGCUAGCAAUGUUGAGCUUCUUAUUAUAGGCCAAAAGAGGAGUUCUUUUUCCAAAUCGAUUUUAGGGGCUAGAAGAGGCUUGUCGCUGAAAGGAUUGGCCGACACGGCGGAGUACGCGGUUGAGAAUAGUAAAUGCACAUGUGUUGCAGUGCAGAGAAAAGCUAACGGAGGAGGAUAUCUUCUUAAUAGUAAAACACAUAAAAAUUUCUGGCUCUUGGCAUAAAAUAACAACUCUUGAUUAUAUAUGAUUUUUUAGAUUUACUAUGAGGCAUUAAUUGUUGUGGAGUAUUAUAUAUAC